CUUCCCUCUCAGAAUAUCAAGCACGCAGUACCUGUGGAACAGUUUUGGAGUUGUUCUGAUUGCUACAUUAUUUACCAAAUGAUUAAAAAAAAUACUAAACACAUACCUGAACCUGCUCUUUCUUUGCCUUGCUGACAAUGUGGCCAUUUUAGAGUUAGAUGUGUUGGAUCUGACACUUUUUUGUUUGUUGUUUUUUACCAGGCAUCACUGAGGUUUUUCACACUGUGACCAGAUUCUUCUCCUGAUCUUCACAGAGCAAAAUGGAGAGUGCUGCCUUCCACAGAAACUCUUCAUCAUCUAACAGCUCAGCCAACACGGAGCUCUUGUCCCGGACUGGUUACACAAUUUUGGCCGUUAUCAUGGGUGUGUUCUCUGCGGCAGGGAUCAUCCUCAAUGUCGUGGUGAUUGUGGUGACGGUGAAGCACAGACAGCUGAGGCAGCCACUCAGCUAUGCCCUGGUUAACCUAGCUGUUUGUGACCUGGGCUGUGCUGUGUUUGGAGGCCUGCCCACCACAGUAACCAGCGCCAUGGGAUACUUCAACCUGGGACGUGUGGGCUGUGUGUUAGAAGCCUUUGCUGUUUCCUUUUUCGGUAUAGCAAGUCUGUGCACAGUAGCAGUCAUUUCUGUUGAACGCUACGUAGUGGUGUGUUAUCCCAUGGGUGCGGUCCUCUUCCAGACCAGGCAUGCAGUUGCUGGAGUGGUACUGUCCUGGGUGUGGUCAUUUGUGUGGAGCACUCCACCUCUGUUCGGGUGGGGAACUUUUGAGUUGGAGGGCGUCAAAACCUCCUGUGCUCCUAAAUGGCAUAGCCGUGAUGUUGGGGACAUGUCCUACAUGAUAAUAUUCUUCUUCCUUUGCUUUGCCUUGCCCUUUUCUGUCGUCAUGGUUUCUUACUCGCGGCUCUUAUGGACUCUCCGCCAGGUAACCAAGCUGCAGGUAUCUGAAACAGGAAGCACAAGUCAUGUAGAGGUGCAGGUGGCACGCAUGAUAGUAGUGAUGGUGCUGGCCUUCCUAGUCACCUGGCUGCCAUAUGCUGCACUUGCACUUGCUGUCAUGAUAGACUCCAGUCUAUAUGUUGACCCUGUCAUCGCUACCAUUCCUGUGUACUUUGCAAAAAGCAGCACUGUCUACAACCCCAUCAUAUACAUUUUCAUGAACAGACAGGUAAGCUGGUUUGAAGUACACUUAAAUUCACACAUACAAACAAAGAAAAAGAGGAAUUCAGGCUCAUGCUGUAUGUUCAUGACCAACCAUGAUCGUGUGUUUCCAGUUUCGAGGCUACACUGUUGCUGCGGUUCUGUGUGGAUGGGACCCCUGGUCCUCUGAGCCGCAAACAUCUGAGAACGAGACCACAGUUCCAUUUUUCAUCAAGACCCCCAAGAAAAUUGUGCCUAAAAAAUCUUUGGAAUAGAAAUGUGUAGA